AUGUGGAUGGUGGAGUGUGCUGAGUGUCCUCCUGCCCAAGGCGGUCUCCAUGCCUGGAUCCGUCAUCUGACGGACUUCCAUGCCCUACCCACCGAGUGGCCAAGCGACAGGGCACUCCGAUUGACAGGUGCUGCUGCUGCCAAACCCUACACCACCAUCACAGAGUCUAAGAAGCGCCGACGGAAGGACUCUGUGCCGCGUCCCCUCAAUAGUUUCAUGCUCUUCGCCCAGCACAUCCGCCGAAACGUUCUUCGAGUGCACAAUGAGGCGUCGAAUUCGGUAUUAAGCCAGCAACUUGGAAUCGUUUGGCGUUCAGUUCCACGGGCCAUCAAGAAUUGUUACGACGAGGAGGCCGCGAAACUAGUGAAGAUCCAUCAACUUGAGUUUCCAAACUACAAAUACCAGCCGAAAAAACGUGGUUCCUUGAACGAAACUGUGGUGACAACCAACACUUCUACAUCGAGUGCCCUUCCCACGGCGCAAACCAGUCCAGCCGUGGUCCAGAAUAUGCCUGUUUCUAGGGGUUACUCUCCGGAGUCGUGGCGUCUAGUCGACUCUGCUUACUCGUCUAGAAAGAACAGUUCCGCUUCUUCAUCAUCGUCUUCAUCACCGCAGGUUACGGAUCUGUCCUCCACCCCGGUAAAACAAGCGCUUCAGCCUUUCCGUGGGGUCAUUUUCGACGAGCAACAGCGUCCGCAUGUUCGUCAACGCUAUGCAUCUGCCACCAACCACCCUUCCUCCAUGCUUACGCCGACUAUAAUGCUUCAGCAACCCCGUCCAACGUCAUGUUUGCUAAACCCGGGAACACGGGUCUUGAAAAGGGAACACGAAACCUUUGAUGAACAGACCCAAACCCUCUAUACCAGCAUAAACUCGUCUACCAGUCCGAAACGUCGUUCCACCUUCCUGGAGAGUGAAUCGAGUGCAUUGUCGUUGCCAGAAUUGUUUAAUACUCCACGGGAAGCCCUGUUGUUAAGUGGUGGUCGUGGAAAUGAGGAGGAGGAAGACUUCUCCUACUUCGAGAGCGCUACAGAGUCAGAGUCCAUUCUGUCGGAAGAGAACUUGAUGUUUGACGACUCCUCGUCUAUGAUGGAUUUAGCCGACUUUUUACCGGGUGCUGAAGAGCUGAUACUCGGUGUGGAGCCUCUGGCCUCUGGCACGCUGUCACCAGACCUUGAGAUGUUGGACAAGAACGAGCUUCUAAAGCUCUAG